GGGCAGACGCAGCGGAUCGCAGUCCUCGACGGCGGAAAAGAGUCUAAAAUAAGGAUUGUUUUUUCGAGCAGUAUCGACUCACAUCUAACCCCCCCCCCCCUUUUUUUUUCUCUUUUCAUUUUUUCGCCCACAUCGUUUAUUGGGAAAUCCAAAACAAUCGGAACUUCUCUGGAGUUUGGAGAGAGGUUUUUUUUUCUUCUUCUUCUUCUUCUUCUUCUUGUUCUUCUUCUUCUUCUUCUUCCAGAUAUGGACAGUCGGCGACCCGCCGCAGGGAGCGACCGGCCGGUGUCCGCUCAGUAGUCCCGGGGAUAAAACUGCAACAAAACAAACAGAAACCAGCCACUCGCCUUUCUGGGACUUUUUUUUUUUUUUUUUUUUUUCCACUGGAUGUUUGAUGAAGCGCUUCACAAUUGUGGUCAGUUCUCGGACACCGUGGAUUUACCAGCUCCAGGAAAGGAUAGAUCCUCGCGGUUCCCGGUCGACUACGAGAAGGAUUUACGCUUCUAAAGUUGCAGAAAAAACAUGGAGACUGUAAGUCGGCAGAGCUUCCAGCCUCAUCCUGGACUGCAACAAACUCUCAAGCAGUUUCACAUCAGCUCUAUGAGCUCUCUUGGCGGACCGGCGGCUUUCUCUGCCCGGUGGCAACAUGAGCUCCUCUUCAAGAAGGAGGGUAAGGAGCCCGAGCCCGUCCUGCAGCAUCUGCCGCCGCCGGUGAUGCCGGGCCCGCUGUUCAUCCCGUCGGACCGCUCCACGGAGAGGUGCGAGACGGUCCUGGAGAGCGAGACCAUCUCGUGCUUCGUGGUCGGCGGCGAGAAGCGGCUGUGCCUGCCGCAGAUCCUCAACACGGUGCUCCGGGACUUCUCCCUGCAGCAGAUCAACUCGGUGUGCGACGACCUGCACAUCUACUGCUCGCGGUGCACGGCGGACCAGCUGGAGAUCCUGAAAGUCAUGGGGAUCCUGCCCUUCUCGGCUCCGUCCUGCGGCCUCAUCACCAAGACGGACGCGGAGCGGCUCUGCAACGCCCUGAUCUACGGAGGCGCCUACCCGCCGCGCUGCAAGAAGGAGCUGAGCGGUGGUGGUGGAGGAGGUGGUGGUCUUGGUGGUGGUGGAGGAGGCUCGCUGGAGCUGGAGCUCACCGAGAGGAGCUUCAAAGUCUACCACGAGUGUUUUGGCAAGUGCAAGGGCUUGUUCGUGCCGGAGCUGUACAGCAACCCCAACGCAGCGUGCAUCCAGUGCAUGGACUGCAGACUCAUGUACCCGACGCACAAGUUCGUGGUGCACAGUCACAAGGCACAGGAGAACAGGACUUGCCACUGGGGCUUCGACUCGGCCAACUGGAGGGCGUACAUCCUCCUGGGCCAGGAUUACUCGGGGAAAGAGGAGAAGGCUCGUCUGGAGCAGCUCCUGGACGAGAUCAAGGAGAAAUUCGACUUCGCCAACAAGUACAAGAGGAAAGCUUCGUCCAGGGCCUCCGAUCCCAUCCCGAUCAAAAAGUCAAAACAUGACGACUUCCCAUCGCAAGCCCUGCUGGCGGACAAAGAGAAGCAGCACGACUGGCUACAGUCUCUCGCCGCCUCCAAUAAGGGGCUUAACUGCAUUCAGCCCAGACAGAGGCCCUCAGCUUUCAGACCCUGGUCCCCCCACAUCUCUGCAGGUGACAAGGAACCAUCCAGUCACCCCCUGGCCCUGCUGAGAGACAGCUUCUACAACUACAAGAGCCUGGAGAAAGCCGUGGCCCCCAAUGUUGCCCUGCCACCACUCCCCCAGGGGAAAGUGGGCCCCAUGUCCCCGUCGGUACCCAGCACCUCCCAUCCAAGAGGGGGGGAACCCCCCGGCGAGGGUGCCAACUCCAGGCCUCGCAAGAGGAGAGCCACAGGGGAGCUCCAGCCCCCAAUGCCAGAGGCCCCCUGCCCUCCGCCCUCAGCUGCCAGCAAGCCCCCGGCACCGCCAACACCUCAAGAGGAAAGGGACUCUGAGGUGGAGAUCGAAGUGGAAUGCCGCGAUGAAUUCACUUCGUCCCUGUCCUCCCUGUCAUCACCGUCCUUCACCUCCUCCAGCAGCUCAGCCAAGGACCUGAGCUCGCCUGGCACCCAGGGGCCUAUCUGCACAGUCACGCCGGGCGAGGUCACCGCCCCGCCAACCACGCCCGUCGCAGCCGCCGUGACCCCGUCAGAGCUGGGCCUGGAGUCGGAGCUGGAGAGCCUGAGGCAGGCACUGGACAGCGGACUGGACUCCAAAGAGUCAAAGGAGAAGUUUCUGCACGAGAUUGUGAAGAUGAGGGUGAAGCAGGAGGAGAAGUUGGGAUCGGCCUUGCAGGCCAAACGCAGCCUCCAGCAGGAGCUGGAGUUCUUGCGGGUGGCCAAAAAGGAGAAACUGCGGGAGGCGACCGAGGCGAAGCGAAACCUGAGGAAAGAAAUCGAGCGCCUGCGAGCCGAGAGCGAGAAGAAGAUGAAGGAAGCCAACGAGUCGCGGAUCCGCCUGAAGCGGGAGCUGGAGCAGGCCCGGCAGCUGAGGGUGUGCGACAAAGGCUGCGAAGCCGGCCGUCUUCGCGCAAAGUACUCGGCACAGAUCGAAGACCUCCAGAUGAAGCUGCAGCACGCCGAAGCCGACCGCGAGCAGCUCCGAGCCGACCUGCUGCAGGAGCGGGAGGCCAGGGAGCACCUGGAGAGGGUGGUGAAGGAGCUACAGCAGCAACUCUGGCCCAAAUCCCACAGCGACAAGGAUGGGAUGCCCAUGGACACGCCAGCUGACAACUAAUCCAGCAGCUGACCACGCCGCCCCGCUAUUCUUCCCCCAUCACCACGAUCGCCAACAUCCUCUGCCCAAAUCAGACCAUGAACACACCCAGGCAUCCUGGGCCGGCCACAUCGCACCACUGUCCGUCACGCUCGCCCUCUAGAACGCAACGAUGAAAGACUCGAUCAGAGACGAAAGAAACAAGGAGCUGUGUCCUCAUCCCUGCCCACGAGAAGUCAAGUGAGUGGUUUCCUUGGACUGGAAACGGCAAAGUACAAUGCUGCUUCAAGGAAACAGGUGUUUCUAAAAAUCAAGCACUGACUCGCACAUUACAAACUCACUGAACUACACGAAUGAAAGAGAAGCAGCACAACGUGCGGUUGUGCCCGGCAGGAUUAUGGGAUGAGACGUCCGUGAUAAUAAAUGCUGAGAGAUGAUCAUAUUAUAUUGGUUAAUAGGUGUAACAGCGGUGCGUCCAGGAGGGCGAGGCUCAACCCACAGUUCCCCAAAAAGUCUCUGCCACCGUCCCUCACCACGAAGAAGAUGGUGGAGGAUUCUGAAGACAUUCUAAGCUAUUUAAGAGACUACAUAGCGAAAUGUAAACAAAAGAAAUAAAGGACAGUUUCUUUAUCUCUCUGUGCUAUUGAAGUUUGAAAAAUAUAAAAGAUAGAAAUAAAUCAGAAGAUGAACAAAAACAAGCAAAUGAACUUCCCACAGUGCCACCGUGGUUUUGUCGGUUAUUUUCAGGAAGCCAUCGCAGUCCACUGAGGGGAAAAGCGUUGAGUUCAAAGUUCAAGAGACCUGUAGUUUCCUCCCAUUGUUGUUUUAUUAAAUCAUUUAUUUCUCUGAGCAGUGGGCGGGCUUGUAUUUGGGCUGAUAUUUUCUCUCCUUGGUGCAGACCCCGAGGUUGGGAAUUGGAAAUAAAAACAUGCUGUGUUAAAGGCACCUUUCUAGAGAGCGCUUGUUUUGGAUGAUCAACACCAAGAUCCGACAGUCUCAGUGUUGCUCCCACUAAGUCACACACUGGUCGCCGUUUGAUUUUUAAAGCAUUUGGGUCAAAACCUUAAAGCGUGUAUCUUGUAAAGAUAAAAUACUCCAGAUGUGAGCGGGGCCUCGUUGUCUGGUCUUGUAAGCGCUCGAGUGAUGAAAGCCGGCAUGUUUUUCUAUUCCAACUGACAUCAGACACCAUCGUCUAUGACAUCAUAGUGGGCUGGAUUGGGCGUCCUGGGCAAGAACCACAAAAUGUUCAUUUUAAUUAAAUUAAGUUAUGUAAAUAUAAAUGUAUGUUGUUGUUUUGUUUCUUUUGACUUUACAAUAAUGAAUCGCACUUUGUCAUAACAAGAUACUGUUAUAAUUGUAAUUGUACUCCCACUAUUGUCUCCAAUCUUACUUUGAAAAACAUCAUCGUAUACAUGACUGCUACCAUAUAAAUCCAGUAAGCAUUUUGUUGAUUAUAUGCAUCUCGAAUAAAUACUGUUGUUCUGUUUCCAUAAAGGCAAAGUCUUGUAAAUAAACGGAAAGAAAAAAGGCUCUGCCUGUUGCUUGCUGAUGCAGUCUGGGAUUGUUGGAAAGUUUCUCCCGCUUUUGUAAUAUAAUUGACACAAAUAUCGCUCGAGCACCCGGUUACAACUCCCAACCAAUUUGACAAAAUUUCAUUAACAGCUUUCCUCGGCCAGGUGAAAGGUUUAUCUGAAGCCUGAACAAAAAAAGGCACCUGUUGGAAGAGUAAAAUCAGAUUUUAUUCCAAAGGCGGAGGCCACAAAUCUGCCGUCACACAGUGGGUACAAUGCAAUCAGAAUGUACAUUGUGUUAAAUGCUAUGUUUCCUUUUUGGUUGUUGAUGUUGUUUUUAAACGUGGAGAUAUUUUAUUGCUUGUCUGUUAUGUUCACUUUUUUUCCAAUUGAAAACUCAUAUUUUCUUUAUGCAUGAAAUUUGAGUUUGCCAUACAUAUAGUCAGUUAUUGGGCAUUGAUGCUGUACAUGUUAAGGUUUUAUUGUGUUAUGCAUUUUAAAGCAAUUUGUCUUAUUUAGAAGAGGAAAAGGUAAUUCAAAGAAAAGAUCUACACAUAGUAUAUUGCUCUUAAGAAAAACAAACUUCACACUUGCAAAAAAACAAAAGACGAUAAAAAAAGAAGACGAAUAAAAGAAUAAAAAUAAGUCGAUGCAAUGCUGGACAACCUCAAGUGCCUGGACGUGGGCGAAAGGUUUCCAGAUUAGGAAAACUGAUGACAAAGCUGUCGGGGCUGGGCCUCUCAUCAUCUUCCUGUUUGCAGGUUUCAAAUUAAAAGCCCUUCCCUUGCUCAGCAGCUCUUUUUAUCAGUAUUCUUAAAACCAACCAGUUUACAAACUUUGUGUUCUUUUCCAGUGCAGAGAACAGUUGAACAAAUGCUAGACGCUUGAGGCUUGUUUUUCCCUGAAUGAGUGCUUUAUUUUCUUCAUUUGAAAUCAAUGAUAUGCAUGUUCAAACAAUUUUUAUAGAAGAUCUUAUAAAGCCACUUGCUUUGGCGAAUUGUUACUUUGGGUUGUAUAUAAAGACUUUCGAGGAUGAUAAAAAGGGCAUUAUGUUAAAAGCCCUUUUCUUACCUAACAUUAUUGAUGUUCUGCGUCUGCGACUUUAGCAGACAUAAAAUUGGUACAUUUUGUAGUUGUUUUUACACUCAAAAGAGUCGAUAGCCUAUGUGUAGUUUACUCAUGGUUUUCUACAAAAGAAGGGAGACAAUAACGACAUUGGCUCUUCACUCUCCCGCGCAAAAUGUAAAAAAGCAGUUUAACAGCGUCUUGUUUUCUAAAGGAGAACCAUUUUGCUAAAUAAUGGACGGUAAAGCAAGCAAUAACAGUCCAUAUUAAUAGACAAAUAACUAGCCAGUGUGGAAAUUUGAAUAAGAAUUUACAAUUGUAAAUAUUUUUUUCAUUUACAAUAUUGUAUAAUAUAUGUACAUGGUGUUUCCUUUUUCAAAAAGAAGUCGUUUCUUAAAAUAGCUGUCUUGUUUUCUUUUGGUUUUUUUUUUAAAUUGUGUUUUAACUGAACAGCAGUGCGUAAGAGAAUAUUCCCUACAUAAACAUUUUAAUCCAUUUCUUUUCUUUUUUUUCCUUUUUUUUUUUACUGUAGAGUCUUUAUAUUGAAUGACUUUUUUCACCAGUUCAUAUAUAUUUUUAACAGUAUGUUCAGUAUCAGAUAGCAGGCCUACCGUAUGGGUCACACACAGGACUACGCCACCUUGCUGAUUGUUUCCCCCUCAUCCUCAUGUAUCUUUUUAGCCCUGUGCUGCUGCUAAUACUAUAUAAACCUUACAAUUCUAGAACUAUUUUUAUGUAAGAGGUAAAUGUAAGCUUUCCCAUUCAUUAAUGCCACAUAUACAGUAUGAAAAAAAAAGCCUGGCUUCUUCAUCUAUCCUCCUUGUUUCCCUCAUCUUUUCACGCCUUUUUCCUAAACCCUCCUCCAGCAACACCCUUCCUCUUCUCUCACGACACGGACUAUAUUGUAAAGUAAAGGACUUUAUGAGAUUAUGUUUGAAAAUAGCUAUGCUUAUAUACUACAGUGACUGAAUGUACAGUGUAUAGAUGCAUUACCAGAAAUAAAGUUGUUUGUC